UUGGAGUUCCGAGGUUUCAGCUGAUGUUUUGAUCAUUCACGAAUAUAUCAAACAUCUUAUCGAGUCACAACCAUGGUUAGCUCGGCCCUCGUUUACCCCCGAGUAUUGGAAGUGCAACGAAUCCGAGAAUGUUGUCAAACAGCACGAAAAAAAAAAGGAUGAUGACAUCAAGUCGUACAAAGAAAUCCGCGGUAAGAACAAACGAAAGAAACCCGAGGAUUCGAACACCGAGAAUGAAGAUAGAAACUGUCCAGUGUCAAGAAGCAACAGCGAGUUCGAACUUUGCAAGAGAAGCAGAAUACCAUCAGACAGUACGCAAGAGUUUCCUACAUAUGAUUCGCAUAAUCUUAAUGGACAUUCUUGGGCUUAUGUGAGCCUGCAAAAUUGCAAGCGAUCUUUGAGUUUUGAUUCACCGAGUACGGGUGAACUGAUUACAAAAAACAUCACUCCCUAUACUCGGUCAUCAUCAGAAAAUACUCAUUAUUCUUUUAAUGAACAAUCAUCUUCAUCUACAUCAAAUGAUAAAUUGUCAUUUUCCACAAAAUACGGAGAAUCAUUAUCGAACGUGACAAAUCUCAACAUUUUUAACUUCGAACAAACUAUAUACAAUCCUCACUUUAAUCAUUUAUUAUGGGAUCAAGGACUUGUUGAUCGCCUUUCAGAUAAUGGGUGGUUCGACGACUUAGUUUAUUCCUUGGGCAUGAAAUCCAAGUCACUCUUGAAGGAAGAUGCUCUCUGGAAUGCACAAAAUUUCGAAUUGCUUAGUCAAUCUACGGAAGAUGAUACAUCUCUCACUGUGUUGUUUUUCCCCAAUCACCUCGCAGGUUCACUGAAUGACAUAAUCAAGAUGCUUAAGAUCAAAGGUAUCACUUGUGAUAUGAAGAAAAUCGAGAUGGGAGCAAGACUGACGAAAAAGGCACCAAGUGGUCACACCCACAACCUUAAGAAUUGUAAAUCGAAGAAGGGUAAAGGAGCAGAGAGGACGAAGUCCACUGCAUCCACUAUAUCUUCGACUCGAACUCUGUACCUCCUCUACCCUCAAAAUCCCGAGUGUGAUGUAACAAAGUUUCAUUCAAGGUCCGUUCAACUGUUCCUUAAGAAAUUUCCUGGUAUCAACAAAGUCCAUGUUUGGGAAACUCGUGAAAACUGCAUCAUGAAUUUUGAAAAGCUAUUCUCCAAGCUUCGAUCUGAGCGAGAAUUAGAAGCAAAAUUGCAUCGAACGAACGUUCACUACCAGUGUUACAUGAAUCCAGUUAAAGAAUGGAGCAUAAUGAAUUUUGUUGUAUUCAAUUACAACAAUAAAAUUGAUUCGAUUUAUAAAACGUUAAGGGAAUCCAAUAUUUCGGAAGAAAAAGUGGACGACGGCAUGAAUUAUGAAGAAAUAUCCUUAUUUAUAAAAGUACAACAUUCAAUAGUAUAUUUCGACGAGGAUGUUGUUGAAAAAUUGGCAAAGUUAUAUUCCCCACCAACCUCCACCAUAUUCGAAUAUAACUGGGAAAUUAAGUGCCCCUAUGUGUUGAUCCAAUCAGGCUCUCAUUUGGUUGCAUUAAAUAAGUUUCAUGAUUAUUUAGAAAAUUAUGUAACACCGUGCGGGAGAAUUAAUUCUGUUGUGCUAAUGCAUAUUGUAGCUAAGGCGGUGAUUCAAGGCAGAUAUUACGGAUUUAAGGUGAAAACACCUUGUUUCGACGAUUGUCCGUAUUUGGAUAAUUAUAAUACGCUUCCUGUACACUUUGCGGAGACCGAUAACAACAAAGAGCGACCAUUCAUUUUAAUGAUGGCCUACGACAAGAACAUGGUUGA